UCCUCGUCGUCUUUAUAGGUAAACGCCAGGGCCCCAGGUCCUGCUGAAAAUGCACAGGCUUAGGAGCGUACCGCGCAGCUGCUCUGGGUUCGCGUUGCGUCUCCGCUGCGUGCCGCCGAGGGUUAGAGGGCCGUGGAGAUGACUUGACGUGGUGCGGGACUCACAGCGUUCGUCAGAGCAGACACCAUGGCCGGCGACCACGACUACUACUACGAAGACCACGGGCUCUUCAACACCUCCGACGGCGGCAGCAGCAGCAGCGGCCAGGAGCACGAACGCUUCCUGCACUUCUGCGGGAUCUUCCUGCCCUGCAUGUACGUGGCAGUGUUCGUCUGCGGCCUGGUGGGGAACUCCCUCGUGCUGGUCAUAUACGCCUUCUACCAGAAGCUGAGGAACCUGACGGACGUGCUCCUGAUGAACCUGCCCCUGGCCGACCUGGUGUUCGCCUGCACUCUGCCCUUCUGGGCCUACGCGAGCAUCCACGGGUGGGUCUUCGGCAAGACCGCGUGCAAAGUCCUGCUGGGCAUCUACACUUCGAACUUCUACACGUCCAUGCUCAUCCUCGUCUGCAUCACCGUGGACCGCUUCGUGGCGGUGGUCCAGGCCACCAAGGCCUACAACGAGAAGGCGAAGCGGAUGAGCCGGGCCAAGGCCAUCUGCCUGUCCGCCUGGGCGGUCUCCCUGCUGGUCUCCUUGCCUCAGAUCAUCCACGGCGACGUCCGUGAGCUUGACAGGCCCGUCUGCAGCCCCCACAACGAGGAGAUUCCCACCGUGGUUCUUGCCAUCCAGAUGACCGUGGGGUUCUUCCUGCCGCUGCCCGUCAUGGUCGUCUGCUACUCGGUCAUAAUUAAGAACCUGCUUCACGCCCGAGGCUUCCACAAACACAAGUCUCUCAAGAUCAUCUUCCUGGUGGUGGCUCUGUUCCUGGUGACGCAGACGCCCUUCAACGUCGUGAAGAUCAUCCGCAGCCGGAGCUGGGAGUACCACAGCAGGACCAGCUUCCAGUACGCCGUCGUGGUGACCGAGGCCAUCGCCUACCUGCGGGUCUGCCUCAACCCUGUGCUCUACGCCUUCGUGGGCCUGAAGUUUCAGAAGAACUUCUGGAAGCUCAUGAAAGACACUGGCUGCCUCCCUUACCUGGGAGUCUCGAGGCAGCAGAAUUUCUCAGAGAACACUUCCAAGACGGGCUCGACUUCCCACCACGCGGAGGCCACCAGCAUGUUCCAGCUGUAGGCCCUGCGGGGCUCGGAGGGGAGGCCUGGGAGCCGGUGGGGGUGGGGCUGUGUCCCCGGGAUGGGAAGAUGAAGGCCGCGCUCGCAGGGUGUAGGUUUUCCCGGACACGUAACCGAAUGCUACAGCUGGUGUGGAAUGCUGCUUCUCAGGCACGAACACCCCUGUUCCCUCCUCGGACACCCAGGCCUGGAGCUCAAAGCGGGGUCUACAAACUGGAAGGAAUCUCCCUCCUCCAUCCCCAAGAGUCCUGACACCGAGGGGAAUGACGCGUGACUCUAAAACCCUCCGGUCCCCCUUCCCAGAGCCUGGACUGGAGGCUGGAGAGGGGGGCGUGGCCAACGGAGCUGCAGACGGCAGGGGACACUCUGAGCUCCCACGCUCAGGAGGUUCUUCUGGCUCCUGGGAGGCGGGGGAGAUGAAGGCAGCCGGGAAAACAGGCGCCGGCCCUCAGGGCUCAGGCCUCGGCCACCCCGCAAGUGAUGUCAGGUUCUGCAGGGCCUGACUUUCACAUAGGGAGGGAGGGGUUUUCAUUUCCCCGUGACUGAUCCUCGAGGGACUAGCACCAGGCACCACGACCGGGCCCAGACGAGUUGCCUGGCUGAGCUCUCCAGGGGUCCCCAGAAGGCCAGACAACUGUGCACGGCAGAGUUCAAGGCUACCGUGCGUCUGAGGAGUGUUUCUGGACUGGACUCUUCGGUGGGUCUGCUCAUUUUAAAACUGAGUUAUCCCACGCCUCUCCCACACAUGCACGCACAAACCCUCUAUGUAUGCACGUACGUAUGAUUCUCACACACAUAUACCACAGAGCAUAUAAUUUUCAUGAAUAAGAAAUAAAGCCUUUUAAG